UGAGGCUCCAUAUUCUGGCGUUUCUCACACAUUCUCACAUCGUUUCGACCGUUUCGAGCUCGGCAGUGCCGAAGAGAAAUUUCGAUUAGCUUUGGUGUCCGUAAUCCGUAGCACCGCUGUCGAUAGCGAACGAGUGAGUUUCUCACGUUAUUAUCACGCGUUUACGUUCCACGACGUGCCUUCGAUCGUCGCUGACGCGCGCAAUAACGGGACGGACGCGUCGAAUCUGGUUUCCUAACCUCUCCGCUCGGCCCCAGACGAUCGUACGAGCGUUCUGUUUACCAAAGCUUUGUUAAGAAGAAAGGAAGUCUUUUUUUUUCCAGUUUAGUCUAUUGGCGAUUUUAUCUAUCGUCAUUAACUGAGUCACCAUGACAGGUGGAAACACCACUGAAAAAUCAGCUAAUAAUCCUUUGGAGCAGUUCGUGCUGCUUGCAAAAACUGCGAAAGGCGCCGCCGCCAUAGAGCUCAUAAGGCAAGCCGUCGAGACGCCCGGCGUACAUGUCUUUGGCGAAUUAUUGGACAUGCCGAACAUUAAAGAAUUAGAGAACGGACCUUACGUCCAGUAUUGGAAUACCUUGAAUCUAUUUGCAUACGGCACCUAUAAAGAUUAUCUGGAAAAUCAAGAGAAAGUGUUAGAGUUAACUCCUACGCAAAAAAAGAAGCUUCAGCACCUCACAAUUGUCACUCUGGCUACGAAAAACAAAUGUAUACCCUACUCGGUGUUGUUGGAGGAGCUCGACAUAAAGAAUGUCAGGGAUCUAGAGGACUUGAUUAUCGAAGCUAUAUACGCCGAUAUAAUCCAUGGAAAAUUAGAUCAGAAAAAUUCACAGCUAGAAGUGGAUUAUGCCGGUUUAGGACGAGACGUCCGGCCAGGUGAUACCGGCGUAGUAGCUGAGACCUUAGCCGCCUGGGGCGAAGCGUGCGAUACAGUUCUAUCGUGUAUCGAGCAGCAAAUAUCUAGAGCUAAUAUUGAAAAACAAAAAGCUACUUAUCAUAAAGAAAGAAUACAAAGAGACAUUACUAAUAUAAAGAAAUCCCUCGCGGCUCAAGCGGGAGGCGGAGGCAUUCAAGAGGCUGAUAUGGCUGGUGGUAGUUCUGGCGCAGGAGGAAGCGAAGCGAGUAGAGAAGCCUUGCCGGUACUGUCAGAAAAGAAGAAGUUACAGAAAGUCAAAUGUAUCAAAGUCAGUGAUUAUGAAAGACUUUUUUUUUAGAUUAUGAAAUGAAUGAUGAAUGAAAAGUAUUAUGAAUGAGAAGGGUAAUAUUGAAACGAAUUUAUUAAUUAUAUAUAAAGUAUAAACCAAAUGCCGAAUCGAGAAUCCUUUAUGUAUUUGAAAUAUUGAGUUUUUAGAGACUUUUAGAGCAAAGUAGGGAAAUAAUAUUUUAUACAAAGUGUUCUAAGUAUAUAGCAUCGAAUUGUAUACAUCAAAUAUGUAAGAGUACUCGAUUUUGUGACAUUUGUGGACUCGAUGUUAUAAUAAUGAAUAAAAUCAAGAGUACCUUUUCUUAUCAAAAUACAUUUGUAAGAUUAAUUUAUUGACACACACAUCAAUAUAACAAACUUUAAAAAAAAAAAACAAUUUUUGAGUAUAUAAAUUUCCACUUUAAUAACUGCAAAUAUUUAGCGAAAAAUGUAGAAAGAGCGGUAGAUUUCAUAUUACUUUUACUGUGAUUAUUUUGAACAUCACGAUUAGUAUUUGCUGUAUAAGCUAUUUCAGUACUGUUGUUAGCGUAAAAUUUAGCAGUUAUUCACGGAAUUGAUUGUUUAUUUAUUUACAUUGAAAGUAAUAAUAUGUACGAGGUAUACGUAACGAGGUAUAUGUGAUGAUUGUCUUUACAUCGAGCAUUAAAAAAAAAAAAACAAAAAAAAACAAUGAAUCUUUUCUUUGUGACAAAGAUAAUUUUGUAGGUAAGCUUGAAUAUUCUUGUAAUAUACCUGUUUAUUUUUGUAGACCAAAGACAUCAUAUUUUGUGUUUGUAGGGCGUGAAGAAUUUAAUUAGGAUUUGACGAUUGUCUAGAUGAAUUUGAUAAAUAAUGCAACGUGUAUUGCAUAUAUUUAUCAAUGCAUACGUGCCUACCCAUUGCCAGUUAUCACAUAAAACGGUAUGCCCAUUGUGACGAGUUGGCUUACGUGUACUUCCAACGAUAGUACCGUUCGUACUGUUUGCGUUCAGACUUUACAGAUUCUCGUUUCGUAAGGAUUUGUAGUCGCUAAACGAUUUACUGACGAAACAAUGCGUAACUAGUCGGGGAGAUCGUUUCAAGAAACUUGUAUAUUCAAAAGAAAAUUGUAAAGGUAUGCCACAGAUGUAGCUUAGCAAAGAAAAAUGUCAGUCGUCCGUUAAAGCGUUGUAAUUGCUACUCGAAUAAAAAGAUAAUAUAUUUUA